AAAACAAAACAAAACAAAAAUGGAAAAGUGGGCCAUUUCCUUACAUUGUCGAACGAACUUGAGAUGAAAGCUCACUAUAAAAUGAUUUGAGGCUCCAUAAUUUUUUUAUUUUCCAUUUCUCAAAAAAAAAAAAAAAGGAAAAAAACUCCAUCUCUCUCUCUCUCUCUCUUGAAAUUUGUUUUGUUUUGUUUUUGUUUUUUGUUUUUGCUCAUGCAUAUAUAUCGUUUACCGAAUUGAAAAACAUAGACCGCGCGAGUAUAGUUAGAGAUGGGAAAUUGCUGCUCGGACGUCGGCGGCGGUAUGACUGCUGUGGGUGGAACCUCCCCCUCCGCCACCACUGGCAACCAAAACGACGCUGUCGACUUGUACUUGAAGUCUCGUGGUAUCCACGGCCAUUUCUCUCAGAUCGAGUUAUCAUUUUCAGCUACAAGUUUGCGAGACCGGGAUUUGUUCUCCAAGAGUGAUCCGAUGCUGGUGGUUUAUAUAAAAGAAAGAGAUGGAACAAUUACCGAAGUAUUUCGUACUGAAGUAGUUCUCAAUUCAUUGAAUCCUACAUGGAUUGCAAAGUAUACAAUUACUUAUCAAUUUGAGGUUGUCCAAACCUUGUUGUUUCAUGUCUUUGAUGUUGAUACUCAGUUUCACAAUGUCGAAGUAAAGAUGCUUAAGCUGGAGGAGCAGCAAUCUCUUGGUGAGGCAAGUUGUGCAUUAUCAGAGAUUGUAACCAAACCAAACAGGUUGUUAAUCUUAGAUCUUGCCCGUAGAGAGGAUUCUGUCUCAUCAACACAUUCCCAGCACCGUGGGAAGCUUACUGUGCAUGCUGAGGAAUGCUUUAGCUCAAAGACUACAGCAGAGAUAACAUUAAGGUGUUUAGAUUUGGAAUCUAAGGAUCUCUUCUCAAAAAGUGUAUGUACUUUUGAUUUCAUAUUCUCUUACAUUUUGUUCAUACUUUUAUCAGGAAUAUUAGUUAUCUUUUGGUACACUUCUGAACUUGUCUUGCAGGACCCCUUUUUGGUCAUAUCAAAACUUGUGGAGAGUGGGAUUUCUAUUCCUGUAUGUAAAACUGAAGUCAUAAAGAAUGAUCUCAACCCAACAUGGAAGCCAGUGUUUCUGAAUCUUCAACAUGUUGGAAGCAAGGAUAGUCCAUUAGUUAUAGAGUGCUUUAACUUCAACAGCAAUGGCAAGCACGAUCUGAUUGGAAAAGUCCAGAAGACACUAGCAGAUUUGGAAAAGCUUCGUUUUGGAAGGGAAGGAGAAAAUUUAUUUUUGCCAACUUUGGUUGGGCAAGAUUACUACAACAAGAUGUUAAAAAGCAAGCUUUUUGUGGACAAAUUCUCUGAGACUGUCCAACAUACCUUCCUGGAUUACCUGGCUGGGGGUUUUGAACUGAACUUUAUGGUGGCUAUUGAUUUCACUGCUUCAAAUGGAAAUCCCCGCCUCCCUGAUUCCUUGCAUUACAUUGAUCCAUCAGGACGGAUGAAUGCAUACCAGAAAGCAAUCUACGAGGUUGGAGAGGUAUUGCAGUUUUAUGAUGCAGAUAAGCGCUUUCCUGCCUGGGGAUUUGGAGCACGGCCCAUUGAUGGUCCAGUUUCUCAUUGUUUCAACUUGAAUGGAAGCAGUAGCAACUGUGAGGUUGAAGGAAUCCGAGGAAUUAUGAUGGCAUAUACCAGUGCCCUUUUUAAUGUUUCUCUUGCAGGGCCAACACUAUUUGGACAUGUGAUUAACAGAGCUGCACUAAUUGCCAGCCAAUCUCUUGCCGAUGAUGCUCAAAAAUACUUUGUUUUGUUGAUAAUCACGGAUGGGGUAGUAACUGAUCUCCAGGAAACCAAAGAUGCCCUCGUAAAAGCAUCAGAUCUCCCAUUGUCAAUCCUCAUUGUUGGAGUUGGAGGAGCCGACUUCAAAGAAAUGGAGAUUUUAGAUGCAGACAAGGGGGAAAGACUUGAAAGCUCAACCGGACGUGUUGCUUCACGUGAUAUUGUUCAGUUCGUUCCAUUUAGGGAUGUACAGAGCGGAGAGAUUUCUAUCGUUCAAGCGCUCCUAGCAGAAUUGCCAACACAAUUUUUAACCUACAUGCGAAGCAGAGAUAUUAAACCAAGCACUUGAUUUUAUAAAGCAUUGUACAUAUCAAAAUUAUUCUGUUUUUCGUUUUCACGUCGAGAAUGCCUCUUGUCAAUGCCACAAUGGUUGUAUCCAAGUCGUGCAUCAUGUCUCUUCGGAGACAACAGAACAGAUAGAUAUAUUCCAUUAUCACGUUGGAUUGAA